UAAACAAGCCUCACACGUUUUUCGCCGAAAACGCGCUUGAUUUGUGCGCUCGCUUGCGCUGUGUUUCGUCUUUCGUUAUCUGUUGCCCGAAAUUGUGCCGCGCGCGGGAGAUAAGUGCCGCCAAGCUAUCGAAUUUUCCCGAAUCGUGCUUUUACCACAUAUAGACAAUGUCGAAAUUUGUUGAGCAAAAAAUUUGCAUCAAAUUUUGUUUGCGAAAUGAAAUUUCUGCUGCUGAUACGCUGAGAAUGGUGCAGAAUGCCUUUGGCAAGGACGCAAUGUCGAAAAACAGUGUUUACGAGUGGUACGACGACUGCCUCGAGGAGCUUCGGGAAACGGAAGAAAGUCCUGGCCGACCAUCAACGUCCGACGAAGCUCACCGCGAAAUUAAUGAUAUGGAAAAUCAUCGAUUGUCAACAAACGCCUCUGCUGAUGGUUUUGGUUCCCCCGAAGACAUGUUAAAGGACGCUUCGGGCGUGAAUUUAUUGCAAAAUAGUUCAGCACUCAGCCCAAUGACUGAAGAAACUGUACCGGUGAAGAGACCGCGCGGCCGUCCGAAGAAAUCGAUCAGCACCCCAGCAUCUGCUGGGAAACCGGCUGUUGCCGCUAACACACCUCAAACACCAGCGGGUGAAGGAGCUGGCAAACGUGCGGCCCGCGAAUCGGCUACACCGAAAAAGGCACGGUCGGAUCCGUCACCAUCCACCGCUUCGGAGGAAGAAGACGUCGGUUCGGGUGAAGAUGACGAAAGCAGCAACUACAGCUUCAACAAAACGGUGACCGUAGCCGUGCCGGCGAAGAAGCGUGCCGCCCCACCGUCGGAAGCGGCUGAUGGAACACCGACACCGGUUAAGCGAGGCCGCGGUAGGCCCCCCAAGCACGACAAAAAGAAAGCAGCUGGUGCCGCCACUCCCAGUAGCGGAACCGACUCUGCAAAAAAGCGUGGCCGUGGACGCCCACGAAAGCAUCCGUUGUAGAAUUUAAGAAUCCGUUCAUUUUAGUAGAGGAAUUUGUAUUUUCUAUGGAACUAACUAACAAACAGAGACGCGUGCACACAGAUGGACUUUCCUGGCGAGAUAGGAAUGGAAAGGGGGAGUAGCAGCUAGACGAAGGAAGUUACGUGAAUGGAGGAGCCUCUUUGAAGGCUUCGAAAGCAGCGGAGCACAAGUAUAUGUUGGAAUGGAUGGUCGUUGCGAGAUGAUCGUUCUGCCACCGUCUCUCUUUGAUCGAAACAAAAAGAGUCGCCAUAAUAGUUGGCAACAAUCGAAGAUCGCCACAACGCCGCGCGAUAUACACUUAGUUAGUAAGAGGCGCGACAAUGGUGGUUAGUGUUGCAGCCAGGUUCAUUCUUUUUCUCGUUUGCGUUCGCCAUCGAUACUGCAGCAGCAUACGCGCAAACGUAUGACAACAUCUGGUACGCAAUUUGGUUUAUUUUUUUGUUUACAUCCUAUAGAUAAUAUUGCGAAUGGUAGGAAACUAGAGUACAGAGAAAACGAGAGAAAUAUGCCAUUCACUAAAUAAAGGUGUGAAUAACAAACUCUGUAUCGAAAAAAGCAA